AUGGUUUUCAGCAAGGCAACUUUCGCAUCGGCCUUCGUCUCUCUGCUGGCAUGCGCCACUGCGGUAGAAGUGCCCACCACCGAUUAUGACGUUAUCGUGGUUGGUGGCGGUCCUGCGGGACUGAGUGCCCUCAGUGGUGUUGCUCGUGUCCGCAGAACCGCUCUGUUGAUCGACAGCGAGGAGUACCGCAAUGCUCCCACCCGUGAAAUGCACGAUGUGAUUGGUAACGAUGGCACUCCACCAGCUGCUUUCCGGACUCUUGCGCGUGAGCAGAUCUUGAAGUAUGAUACUGCCCACAUAACCAAUGAGACUGUGGAAUCAAUUGUUCCUCUUGGGCAGGGAGAUUUCUCUUCCUUCACUGUGACCGACAGCCAGGGGAAGAACUAUACGGCUCGCAAGAUCGUCCUUGGCACUGGUGUGCGUGAUGUUCUUCCUGCAACUCCGGGCCUUCAGGAGGGAUGGGGCAAGGGUAUCUUCUGGUGCCCCUGGUGCGACGGAUUUGAACAUCGGGAUCAGCCAUUCGGAAUGAUCGGCGAUAUCAGUGAUAUGCUGAGCAACGUCUUGGAGACUCACACUCUGUAUGACGAUAUCAUUGCCUUUGUGAACGGCUCGCAGACUGCUGAAGGCGAAGCUCGCGCAUCUGCCAAGGUUCCUGACUGGAAAGAGCAGCUUGCCGCUUGGAACACCACCAUCGACAACCGCACCAUUUCUUCCAUUGAGCGUCUCCAGGACGGCGGCAAGAAUCGGGAUGAGAAUGCUCAUGCCCAAUUCGACAAGUUCCGUCUUCACUUCACCACCGGCGAGCCCGUCGAGCGCAAUGCUUUGAUUGUCAACUUCCCUACUGAACAGACCUCUUCCCUUCCGGCCAAGAUGAACCUGCAGAUCGUCGACAACAAGAUCAAUGUCACCAGUGGUAUGCGCACCAGUGAGACUGGCGUCUUUGCAGUCGGUGAUGCCAACAGUGACGGCAGCACCAACGUCCCUCACGCUAUGUUCUCAGGCAAGAAGGCUGCCGUCUUCCUUCAUGUCGAGCUUUCCCGGGAGGAAUCGAAGUCGAAGCUCUCCAAGCGUUCCAAUCUCUCCCGGCGCGAGCUUGAGCAGGAGGCUGAGGAUGCUAUUGGCGACAACCUUGACAAGGAAUGGAAGUGUGCUCAGGAGUAA